AGUAGAAAUCUAAAAUACUUAAAGUGGUGGUGACUUGCUAUGUGAGUCUUUACUGUUCGUAAAUGUGUUGCAAAUUCUCUGCACUUUGCAAAGAUAGAUGAAUGCAUAGAUGAACUACACACCCAAACAUGCAGCAGAGUCUCAUAUGAAAUAUAUAUACAGCACUUAAAAAAUUGCCAACCAUGCUCCUUAGGGUUGUAUUCAGUUGUCUUUGACUGAUUACACACAAAACAACAAAAACUUAACAAAACCCUUAACGAUGGGUAAGGUGUUGUAAAGAAACGAAAUUCCGACACUUUAGUGGAUCAAAUAGGAAAGUCUAGAAUUGGGUGUCAAUGCAAUAUCAACACGUUUAGAAAAAGGUCAUUUACAAAGUAAAAUUUCCACUGAAAAAGGACGAUUGUUUGCCAUUUUUGAUCAUGUAUGCCCUUUAAAAAAAAGAUGGAUAGAUUUGUGUAAAGCUACACAGCACCAUCAUGUGGCUGAAAAACAAACCAAAAAAUCAAAUGCUCGGACAAAAUAAAUGUUUAUAUCCUUCCGAACUUCUAUUCUUCUUUUUGCACAGAGAUUCCAGAUGGAUGACGUGAUCUCAUGGAACGGAGGAAACUUGCUUGAAGGCAUAGAAGACUUGUACGACAAUGCCACUGAUUGGGACCAAUGUUGUUCUGAAGGUGAUGUGUGUGACCUGAAGGAGGGCAUGCAGUUUGAGUCGGUGUUUAUCCCAGCUCUGUACUCCGUGGCCUUUGUUGUGGGUGUCCUGGGGAACGGGUUGCUGCUGGGAGUUCUGGUUAAAAGCAGGGGGAGCUGGAGUGUGACGGACACUUUCAUCCUCCACCUGGGAGUAGCAGACCUCCUGCUGCUGCUGACGCUUCCGCUGUGGGCCGCACAGUCCGCUCGAGAGCAAGGAUGGGUGUUUGGCACUCCGCUCUGCAAGAUCACUGGAGCUGUUUUUACGAUCAACUUCUACUGUGGGAUCUUCCUGCUGGCAUGCAUCAGUCUGGACCGCUACCUGUCCAUCGUCCACGCUACCCAGAUGUACUCCCGCAGGAACCCCCGGGUGGUUCACAUGAGCUGCUUGGCAGUGUGGUUCUUCUCCCUGUUGCUCUCCCUCCCUGACUGGAUCUUCUAUGAAGCUGUUAUGGAUAGCAGAAGAGUCACCAGAACAGAGUGUGUUCCCAACUUCAACCGUCACGACCCCCAAAGAGUCUUUAGGUGGGAACUGGCCUCACGCCUGCUCUACCACAUAGCUGGCUUCCUGUUGCCCUCCGCCGUCCUCAUCUUCUGCUACUCCUGCAUCCUGCACCGGCUGCGCUGCGGCUCUCAGGGCCUUCAGAAGCAGAAAGCCUUCAGGAUCAUCGUGGCUGUGGUGGUGGUGUUCUUCAUCUCCUGGACGCCAUACCACAUCACUCUCAUGGUGGACACAUUUCAUUCGGAAGACAGCUGUGGAGUCCAAUUAUCUCUGCAAAAAGCCAUGUUGGUCACUUCCACCCUGGGUUACCUCCACUGCAGCCUCAACCCCAUCCUGUACGCAUUCGUGGGUGUGAAGUUCAGGCGUCAGCUCGUCGACGUCCUGAGGUAUAUGGGCUGCCAGCUGAAGAUGAGCGCCAAACUGCACUCUGUUACCAGCAGGAAAAGCUCCAUAUGGUCGGAUUCUGCAGACACCUCCAACUCCAUCGCUGUCUGAAAGGGAUCCACAAACAUUUUAACAGGCCAUUUAUUAUUGAGCUUAUUUGGUAGAGCUGGAGGCCUUGCACUUGGGCUCGGUCCCUGAUGCAGAGGAGAGGGGUUUGAAUCUGACCAAGAGACAAUUUACAUCUCAUAAAUCUGUUUUGAGCUUGCAGUUAGUGCUGUUUUGUUGUACUGGGAAACUAGAAUAAACGCACAGCUGCUGCACUGUAGGUUUAAUAAAGUUAGUACAGUAAGUGAGGUAUUAUCCUAAUAUUAUCUAUACCCCUGUUCUAUGUUUGAAUUCAAUUUUAAAAAUAAGAUUAUCCACAAGUUAUCCCCUCGUUCUCCUCCUUCAAUUAAGGCACUGAUGGCCCAAAUAAUUACCUUAAAAAACGAAACAAAAAUGCACAUACAAACCUGAUCAAGACAGAGAUCUGAGCAGCUGGCUGAACAACGUGUUCCUGUACAUUUCCUGUGUUUUCCUGUCGUUCUCAGCGCAUUAAUAGCUCAACAUGACAAAUAUAUUUCUGAGGUCAUACAGCUGUACUUAUAGGCCGCAGAUUUAUUUUAGUUGUAAUGGAAACAUGGCAUUCCCCUUCUCCCGACUUUAAAGGCUACAUUGCAACAUAACAUGUAAAACUGCAGUGAGUAUCGUAUGGCAGCUUUUAUACUUAGUAUACUUUUUACUGCAUGUCAUUAUGUAAAUAAAUUGUUCAAAUAAAGAUGACAAGUGUUUUCAACAUUA